AUGGCUACUGAAAUCGAAACAUAUGAAGAUCCAAUCAUACGUUUAGCAAACGACCCAGAUUUGAAUAAACAAAUCGACAAAACAAACAAGCUCAUUAGUUUGAUUUCGGGCUUUUCGUUGGCGGAAAGGAAGGUUUCCAAGCUUUGUCAGUUGUCAUUGACGAUUCUCCAAACAUUGGAGAAAAUUGGGUUGAACUUGAAGAACUGGGCGUUUCUUUCGUUGGACAUCAACUCCAACGAUCAUUUCAACAACGAAAACUCAAAUAUCAAAGAUUUCAAUAAUAGCAUUUCCGUGAAGGUGCUCACAGACUGCCACGAUAUCAACAAAAAGCUCUUGAAGAUUUCUAUUGACUUGGACUACAUCACCAAGGCUCUGAGGACGUUGACUCCCAUUGAAUAUAUUCUGGAUUCGGGAACCUUGCUCACCAGUUUGACUUUGAGAAACAUUAAAUUAAAACAUGAAUUGACUGACAAAGUGACAGUUGCUUACCUGAAAGCAAAGCUCAUCACUAUUGGCACUGAGCUUGAAUCCAUGAUAACUGACGACGAUUCCAACACUACCGUUGAAACAUACAAAACAUUUGUUGCAAGUUUGCUACUGCAGUUGAACUCCGCUAUAGAGGACGAAGAUAUGACUGAAAAGCAUGAGUGUUUGGCAGUUAUCAGUGACAUGGAGAAGAUGUUUGAUGCGUUCAAGUUGGAGAAGGCCCAAGAAGUAAGACAACAACAAGAGGAUGAACAGCAGGAAAGGCGUCUUCAGCUUCAAUCUCCUCAUCACCACUUCAAGAGUCCCGACACCUUUUCUAGUCCUCAUGUUCAAAGUGAAGAUGAUUCUGACUCGGUGUACGACUCGGAAAUGGGCUACAGCAUGUACGGUUCCAUGUACACGUCCCCAAUGAUUCAUUCUAUUACCAAGUCCCCGGCCACCACAUCCACAAAUCUUAAGAAUAGCAGGGAUAUCGAAAAAUCCCCAGCACUUGGCAGCUCGGGGAUUUUGCAUAAAACAACUCUUUCAGAAGAGAUGCCAUAUUUGAUGUCUGCGUUCAAUCUGGCAAGAAAUGUUGAAGAAGACAUCAGGACAUUCAAGCAAGAAGAAGAUCAGGACAAUCAAAAGGACCGGAAAAGAACACUUUCUCCCACUUCUGUACCUAGCACUGAAGAUGCACACCAUGUGAGGUAUCCCAACCACAAAACCAAAAUACGUGAGACGCUUUUGACGUCUGAAAGUGUGAUCUUGCAGGAACCACCAAAGACAGUGCCAUUUUCAUAUUUGUACUCGAACAAUUCCCUUUUAUCAAGACUUGGGAUAAGGCCUCAGGUGAUUACUACCGACUUGCCACCUCAACCACAGAAGGAACUCGGUCCUAAUACCACUUCCAACAUUGGACAUCAGCAUGGAAAACACCUACACGUAAUAAAGGACAAGGCGGAUGAAGGUGAUGAAACAAAAUACGAUAAAGAAAAUAGUAUGAUCAAACCCCUUACGCAAAGAAACCUUGAAACACACACCUACUCCAACUUGAACGUCAUUAACGAUUUUAACGACCAUGUAGAAUAA